GCUGUUAUUCCAACCCAAUAUGUAGUGCGCAUAUAUAGGGUAUAGAGAAGCGUUUGGGAUUGUGGAUCUGGAACGGGAUCGUGUGCGCUUCUUCCGCUCUAAAGCGUCUCGUUGCGUGGAAACAGGCUGAGACUCGCUCAGAGACAGAGGGGGAGGGUUGGAGAUUCAGGUGUAAACACUACCUGUACUGGUUCAUCCUGAAAUCCUGAACCAGAAGAUGGCGGGUGAUGUGAAGCGCAUUCCGGAUUCAGAGCAGGAGAAAUAUGAUUCAGAUGAACAGGUGAAGAUUAUCUGUCUCGGGGACAGUGCUGUGGGCAAAUCCAAGUUAAUGGAAAGAUUUCUAAUGGAUGGAUAUCGACCUCAGCAGCUGUCCACUUAUGCACUGACCUUAUACAAAUACAACACCACUAUCAAUGGCAAGCCUGUGCUAGUCGAUUUCUGGGACACUGCUGGCCAAGAGCGCUUUCAAAGCAUGCACCCGUCCUACUACCACAAAGCACACGCAUGCGUCAUGGUUUUUGACGUCCAGAGGAAAAUAACGUAUAAGAAUCUUUCCAGCUGGUAUAAAGAGCUGAGAGAAUACAGACCUGAGAUUCCCUGUCUGGUGGUGGCAAAUAAAAUCGAUGCGGACAUGAGAGUGACACAGAAGAGCUUUAACUUUGCUAAGAAGCAGGGUCUGCCUUUCUACUUCGUAUCUGCUGCUGAUGGAACUAAUGUGGUCAAGGUUUUUAAAGAUGCCAUUAACAUGGCUUUGUCUUACAAAAAGAACUCCAGUGACUUUAUGGAUGUGGUCAUGAGAGAACUAGAGAACUUUGAUUUGGAGGCCAAAGAAGAUUCAGGGGGUGAUGAUGAAGAAGAAGAAGAAGAAGAAGAAGAAGAAGAGGGAAAAGCAGCUUGAUUUCAUGGCUGUUUAUAAAACCACGGCUGCUCACCAACCGUCCUGAAGAGUUUACAUUCCAUUUAAAACUAAAGUGAAACCCAACAGGGACUACGCUCUACCUCAUGUGCCGGAUCAGUUCCCUGGGACCUGCUACACUAAAUGUUCAAUGCAUAGACGGUGCAUGUAAUAAAUCUUUGUGUGGCUUUAGAAGGUCUUAGAGACAAAUGCUAUACAUGUACAGUACUAGGUACAGUGAUGUUUGGGUGUUUCACUGAUUCUUCACACUCUGGAUGCAGCUGCUUGGGAAUGUGUGUGUGUGUGUGUGUGUGAGAAUACGUAGCAGUUACAUUAAUACAGCAGUGGUAGCAUGGUAGCGCCGGGAUUUGAACCCAUGACCUUCAGAUCCGAAGUCCAAAGUGAGCUACCACCUCCCUUUUAGAGUUCCUGCUAUUUCAUAUUUGAUUUUCUCAUCAGUGAUAUCAAUGGAAAGCCUUGAUAACAUUAUUGAUAUUUCACAUUAUUUUUUUUUUUAUAAUUUAGUGUUAAGAUUUAUGCUAAAUUGACUUGCAUAAAAAUAUAUGUCCAGCCCAUAAUAAUUGCAACCCAGCAUUAAAAGGAUGCAUAAAUAGCUCAUCAUUUUGUACAAACUGUGAAGUCAUGUGUGUGAUUUCCAAAACCUCACACACACACACACUGACUUCUGUCUGGUGAGGAAAACAAAUAUUUAUGUACUGCAUGUGUGAAUGGAACUGGAAAUGCACUCAUGUUGUGGCAGCAUAUUAAAGCAUCUUUCAGAGUUCAUUUUAA